AUGUCAAGAAUCUUGCUCUUUUGUGUUGCCGAGGAGGCUAAACCAUUCAUACCGAAGGUUUUGCGUGAGUUCAGUCAUAAGGAGAAGUCACCUCUUUUGUACUGGCUUGUUGAAUCGAAUGUCUGCCCUGAAGACCAAGCGGGGUUCAAAGUCGAAUUAAAAGACGACGAACCUUUCGAAUCGGAUUUUAUCAACGCCUCAAAGGAGCAGUGCCAGAAUUGGGCACAGGAGAACUGGGACAAGGUUGAUGGUAUCUCGCAUGAGGAUAUUGCUAUCGCAGACGAGCGAACCGCUCGAGAUGGGACUGUACUUAUGAGUUCGUGGCAUUUUGACAAUGUCGAUUUUGAGGGCUGGGGACCUUUACCGCCAAGGGUCCCAGCCUGGUACGAUUAUAGGGUUCAUCAUCGUGCGGUCGAUGCAUUUGAAAUCAGUCAGCACUGGUGUCUACUUGAUGAGGUCCUUCCAAUCUAUUUUGGACAGCCAGAGAAGUAUACCGAUGAGGCGGGGGUCUUUGACUCUAUCAAAGUGGAGUCAUGGAUGACGGGUAAGAUCAAAGAUGAGAAUUUUACUUAG